CUUGGCUUAUUCCAAUUGACUGCAUUUUUAAAGGGGUCAUCGGGUGCAAAACUCACUUUUAUAUGUUGUUUGAACAUAAAUGUGUGUUGGCAGUGUGUGUACACAACCACCCUAUUAUGCUAAAAAUCCACCCAGUGGUAUUUUUGUAAUCUUUAUAAGAAAUAUCCCCUUCCAGUGCAGGGGAAGACAAGAAUGUCUCUGACUGAGCGAUUGAGGUGUUCUGUUAUUGGAUGUAAUAGCCGCUGAAGAUGCAGAGAUUAACAUUAGAUUAACGUUACUUUCGAUUUAGAAGGAAGAUGUUCAUACAAAUCAUUCAUCCAGCUUCACCUACAGCGGAACCUUUGUAACAUCAUCGGCUCUGCAGAGCGCUUGAAACCAUGCAGAAUCUGACAGACCUCCCAGGCAACACGACAUCCAGCAUUAACCUCUCUGUCAUCGUGAAGGUGUGUGUGGUGAUUCCGUUUUUCGCUGCCUUCUUGUUCUUCAUCCUCCUGAUGCUGUACACCUUUGCAUCUCGCAGGCAGUUUUUUGACAGCUCCCGUUACAUUCUCUUCACCUACAUGCUGAUCAACGACACCCUGCAGCUGCUCUCCUCUGUAUCCCUUUUCUUGCUAGUGAUGGGUGGUGUGCAAUUUGCAAUCGUCUUCUGUGCGCCACUGCUUUAUGUGUCCGCUGCUACCUUCCUAAACACCCCACUCAUCCUUUCCACCAUGUCACUGGAGCGCUACGUGGCUAUUUUCUACCCGCUUCACCGUCCUGCCAUCUGGAGACCUGAAUGGAUUUGGAUCAUCAUUCUAAGCCUGUGGAUCAUCAGCUGCAUCCUGCCCACCGUCGACUUUGUCUUGAUGCGGCUCAAGCCAGGCGUAGACGUCCAUUCGACCCCUGUGCUCUGCAAAAUCACUGUGCUCAAUGCUUCUCCCAUUCAGGCUCUGUUCAGAGUGAGCCUCAAUGGGAUCUUCUUUGCAGUGGUCGCUGUGGUCAUCCUCUUCACGUACAUUCGGAUCCUGCUGGAGACCCGGCAGAUGCGGCAAGACCGAGUGUCAGUGAGGAAAGCUCUGCACACAGUGCUGCUUCAUGGGCUCCAGCUGCUCCUCAGCAUGAUGGCCUUCUCCCUGCCUGUCGCAGAGCUCUUACUUUUCCAGCGUGUAAGCUUGUCUCAAGCAGAUAUGUCUUUCAUCUAUUAUUUCUGCUUCAUCCUCCUUCCUCGCUUUCUGAGCCCGCUCAUUUAUGGCCUUAGAGAUGAGACCCUCAGAAGCUAUAUGAAGAAAGCUAUGCGUUGUUAUGGUCCUCGUAUUGACCCACAUAUAGAUGUCAAAAUAACUAAAUGACAGUGCAAGAACCAUGGGUUUGUUACUGCUUUUGUGAGAGUGACAAAUCAAGCACUUAAAAACAA